AAAACAUUAAUGGAUGCCACAUAAUAAAAAAAGUUGAAUCUUACCACUAGAAUCUGUUCUUUGCUACAGCGCAAACACGAUCGAUCCCACAUUGCGUACAAGCAAAGCCUCAUCGGUAGAGAGAGAUCGAGAGAGAGGCAGAGGGAGGGAUUGCACAGGUAUAGAGAAAGAUGAGAGGGACCUCGUCGAGUGGUCUUUCAUGGCGGCGCGUGGUAUUCUUCGCUUCGAUUGCCCUGCACUUCGUCUUAGGUCUGUCAGGUGAUUCCAAGAAUGCAAACACAGGAGCUAAGGCAGAGUCUCACACUUCUUCCAGCAGAACAGGGACGAAAGUAAUCCUUAUACUGGUCGGAUUUGUGGCUGUAGCUAUGUUCUCCUUCUUCCUAUACAAGCUAUGGCAGAAGAAGAAAAGAGACGAGCAGUAUGCUCGACUGUUGAAACUCUUUGAGGAAGAUGAUGAAUUGGAGGUUGAAUUAGGCCUUCGAGAUUAAACACAAAUAUAUGUAUAUUUGGUUGUGUCUUUUACAUGUAAGAAAAAUAGAUUCAUUCAAAACUCAAAAGACUCGAAUUGAAAUCAAUAUUUGUUUCAAACUUUAAAA